AUGGGGAAGAAUAAAUGCAUAACCUCUUUUUUCAAAAGAAAGAAUGAAAGUGAAGAACAAGUAGAGGGAAAUCAGGGAAUUGUUGAUGGAAACAAUGAGAACAAACGUCAAAAAGCUUCAACAAGUGAACCGGUUAGUGAAGUGAAUAAUGAGGCGAAUCAAAACAUUCCACCGGUUAAUGAAGCGAAUCAAAACAUUCCACAGGUUAAUGAAGCGAAUAAUGAGGCGAAUCAAAACAUUCCUCAAAAUCCGACUAACAUCAAUGAAGUGGAUGUUAGUACUCUAGAAAGAGAUCCCGCUAAGCGACUCCCAAUGUGGAAAUAUCCAGUUAAUAUACGGGAACAAGUAAGACUAGCUUAUAUAUCAUUAGGACCGUAUCAAAUAAAGCUAGAUGAGUAUAAGCCUAGGGGUCCGAAGAACAAUCUUCGUAGAUUUAAAUAUGCUUGGUUUGAUAUGUUCCCUAAUUGGUUAGAGUAUUCUCCAACGCAACACAAGGCUUAUUGUUUCCUUUGUUAUUUGUGUAAUGAUAAACCGAAUGAGAGCCACGGUCAUAGUGCGUUUACUAGUGAAGGCUUUGACAAUUGGAAAAAGGUUAAUGAUAGGGAUAAAUGCCCAUUGUUGAAGCACAUUCAAUCUUCAAAUCAUAAAAAAGCUUUUCUAUUGUAUACGAACUUGUUGAAUCAAGAAGCACACCUUGACAAUUUCAUAGAAACGAAAAAUGAAGGGAAAAUUCGGAAGAACCGGUUAAGAUUAAAAACCAUAAUUGAUGUAGUUCGUUGGUUGACUUACCAAGCUUGUGCCUUACGAGGACAUGAUGAAUCUUCCACAUCUAAGAAUCAAGGUAACUUUCGUGAAUUGCUAAAACUUUUAGCCCAUUAUAAUGAUGAUGUUGCAAAGGUUCUUUUCCAAAAUGCUCCAUAUAAUUGCAAGUAUACGUCUUCUGAUAUUCAACAAGAAAUUCUUAGCAUUAUGGCUAAUAAAGUUCGUAAGCAUAUACGAAGCGAAGUGGGGGAUUCAUGGUUUUGUGUCAUGGUUGAUGAGUCGCGGGAUGAGUCGAAAAAAGAGCAAAUGACGAUAGUUUUAAGAUUUGUUGAUGCUGAAGGAGUGAUACGGGAAAGGUUCUUGGAUUUAGUUCAUGUUACGGAUACUUUAUCAGCGACCUUAAAAGUAAAUUUGUGGAAUACACUAUUGCAUUACGGUUUUGAUGUUAGUAAAAUUCGUGGUCAAGGCUAUGAUGGUGCUAGCAAUAUGAGAGGAGAAUGGAAUGGAUUGCAAGCACUUGUCCGGGAAUAUAGUCCUUAUGCAUAUUAUGUUCACUGCUUUGCUCACAGGUUACAACUUGCCUUGGUUUGUGUCUCAAGAGAUGUGACUCCGGUACACCAAUUCUUCUCAUACCUAGUUUUUAUAAUUAAUGUGGUUUGUGCUUCUAGUAAGCGCCAUGAUGAGUUACAAAUGGCAAAGGCGGAUGAGAUUAAAAAGUUACUAGAAUUGGGUGAAAUCAAAUCGGGAAAAGGACAAAAUCAGGUAGGGACAUUAAGAAGGGCCGGUGAUACACGUUGGGGUUCCCAUUUUAAAUCUGUUUGUAGUUUGGUUAAUAUGUUUGAUGUCACCCGUGCUGUUCUCAAGGGAAUAAUUGAAGACACGGCUCAUGCUACUAGUUCUCAACGUGGAGAUGCUAAUAUAGCUUACGGUUACUUGCAAUCAUUUGAGUUUGUGCUUGUUCUUCACUUGAUGAAAGAAGUGAUGGCAAAAACGGAUACGCUUUGUCAAGCAUUACAAAAGAAAUCCCAAGACAUCCUUAAUGCAAUGGAGUUAGUUUCUGCAACAAAGGCUAGUUUAACUAAUUUUAGAAACAGCGGAUGGGAUUCUUUAUUUGAAAAGGUUCGUUUUUUUUUAUGAAAGGCAUGACAUAGAUAUGCCUGAUAUGAGUGCUCCAUAUACUUCUACUCGGUAUCGGCCUCGUAAAAAAGAUCUUCAUGUUACAUUCGAACAUUAUUAUCGGGUAGAUUUGUUUACAGAGACAUUGGACAAACAACUACAUGAGCUGGAUAGUAGAUUCAAUGAGCAAGCGAUAGAGUUGUUAUCUCUUAGUGCGACUUUAUGUUCAAAAAAGAUUAAUAUUGAUCAGAUUGUUCUUCUUGUUGAGAAAUAUUAUCCUAAAGAUUUUACAGAGCAUGAAAGGGAGCAGUUACGUGGUCAGUUGGAUAAUUUUCAAGUUGAAAGGAUAAAUAAUCCUAAGCUAAGUGGGGUAUCAACUCUAUCUGAACUUUGCAAAACUGUUGUGGAAUGUCAGAAAAAUAACAUGUACAAAUUGGUUGAGAGAGUGUGUCGGCUAAUCUUAACACUUCCAGUUUCAACUGCAACAACUGAAAGAGGAUUUUCAGCAAUGAAAAUAUUUAAGAAUCGCCUUCGCAAUAAGAUGUCCGAUCAGUAUCUAGCAAACAGUAUGGUGAUUUACAUAGAAAAGGAGAUUGCUGAGAACUUUGAUUCGGAGUCCAUAAUUGAAGAAUUCAAAAAUCUUAAAGGAAGACGAGCAGAGCUAUAAUUCUUCAUCCAACUGAACCGGGUACCCACCUUCCUCUUCUUUUUAAUAUUUUGGUGUCUUUAUUCAAUUGUUUCUUAAACAAUGUUUAUGUUUUAAUGUUUGAGAACGGCUUUUAAUUUGAUAUUAAUGUUUGACCCGACCCGAAUCGAAUCACCGACACCCUACCCGACCCGAAUCGAAUCACCGUUGCCCGACCGAACAUAGAAAUUUUUUUUAGGUCUAAUGCCUUCCGACCCCCCGAAAAUUUUUU